UAGGUUCCUAUAAAACACACUCAGGCGCCUCCCUAAUUGCAUCACAGAAAUCUUAUAACUGUGAAAUAACACUACACAAGUAUUGCCAUUCACACUGCAAGGGAGAGAGGACUUCCACACUCUGACCUGGUUAUACAAGGAUCCCUUAGAGCCAUCCCCAAGAAGAUACCAACAUGUUGGUCAUCAUGGCAGCCAUCUUUGUGGUUCAUAUUGCCACCACCGUGAUGCUAUUUGUUGCCACCAUUUCCAAUGUUUGGUUGAAACUUGGCAGUGGGGAAGAAUCACGUGGUAUCUGGCUAGAUUGCUUAAAUGCAUCAUGUAACAGUAUAUUUAAUUACAUUCCUGAUUCAGACGCUGCUGCUAUGAGGGCAGUGGAAGCUUUCAUGAUCCUCGCCAUUAUCUUCUGCUGUUUUGCCCUGAUUUCAUUCAUUGGACAGCUCUUUACGCUGGAGAAAGGAUGUCGCUUUUACAUCACAGGAGCUUUGAUGCUUUUUUGCUGGCUCUGUAUUCUUAUUGGAGUGUCCAUCUACACAGCCAGAUUUGCAAACCAAUCCACAGGAUUUUAUCACGCAUACUGCUUUAUUCUGGCAUGGAUCUGCUUUUGCCUGAGCUUCAUACUUGGAAUCCUCUACAUGAUCCUGCGGAAGAAGUAAUCAUGCUACAGUUAUGUACCAUACCCCACAGCCUGUGAACCUUAAUUUCAACAAGAGCUCCUAGUUUGCCAGCACAUACAAGAACUGUUCCAUCAUGAAGUCACAGACACAAGAGCAAACACUGUGGAAUGGUUUUAUAAAUGUCACCGAAAAAGUUACAGUGCUUUUAAAAUGGCUGCCCCCAUGUAAAAAUAAAUUUGGGCAGUGGGGAAUGCAUCAUGGUCAAGGAGAAAAAAAGAAGGCUAUAUAAAUUUCCUUGACUUAUUUUUAUUCAUGACUAAAAUCAUCUCAAAAGAUAAAAAUUGGGAUUUAUUUGUGACUUGAUAAAAGCAGUCUUUUAUUAUUUUAAUUUAUUUGAAUUGUAGUUGAAAAGGUAUUUUAGGUGCAACAGCUUUUUGUCAGGUUGUGUUUUGGGGACACCAAGUGGCAUGUUCUAAGUACUGUAUGCUCAGAAUACAACACCACAUCAUUGCCACUGGAUCUGUAUGGUCCUGUGGACAGCCAAUUGUAUUAUGGAUAAAUAUCCAUUGUACUAUCAAUAUCAUACAUGAGAAAUAAUAGCGAGAUAUCAGCACCUGUUAAUGUAUAUUUUACAUAGUAUUGUUAAAACAAAGUGAAAUAGGAAUCUUUUGCUACCAUAUAAAAUAAUCCAUUUCUGCAGAUGAAACCUGCAUUUAGUUUAGCAGUAGGGAAUACUAUAUAAUUAUCUGAUACUAUAUUUAGUCACUGAGACAUGAGCAUUGGUACUGUGUAUAUGAAAGAGAAUUAAUAAGGAGGACAUUCUACAGUAUUUUGCAUUCUUCUUACACAAUACAGUGUCAUGUAAAACUAAAAUGUAUUUACAUUUUGGCCUUAGAAUAAAUUGAGUCUUUAUUUCAUGUGUAUCCUUAUCUCAACCACCUUUGAGAAAAGGGACAGUUGGUGAAAACGUUGGUUAUUUUGUAAGAUUCCAUCUCUGUUCAAGCAGCAAUGGUCAAUCAUGACACAAGGUGUUCUAAGGAAGCAGUGUUACAUUUAGUGUACAGUAAGUGUAAAUCCAGUUAUAAGGAGCACUCAUGUACAGUGGCAAAACCAUAUUGUGCUGUAUGGGGGCAAACGUAAAUGGAGACAGACUUAGCUUUGGGAGGAAGAUGUAUAUUUGAUCACUCAAAAUCGCAGUGUUGAACUACAGGUGACCUGAUUUGUGUGCUCUAUGAUUAAACAAGCAGCAUCUUCCUCACAUGUGAUAAAAUUGUAUUUGAACCCAUUAUGUAACAACAUGCCUUGUCCAGGGGCACUUCUGUAUCCCUUAGCUGGAUUUGCUCCCACCCCCAAGGACCUGAUGUAGAGUUGAACAGACGCCACUCUUAUUGAUGAAUGUAUUUUUGCACUUUGCAUGCAUACAGAAAAACGCUUCCAUCCAUAACCAAAUUUGGCUGCACUUUAUGACUUCUCUCGCGCAGAGAGGUGGACUAGGGGUUGGAAUGCAGUAAGGGCAUGUUCUCCUAAAUGCUACUUUUUUGUGAGAAUAUACAGUAUGUUUGUCAGGAGCCAUAUGCUUGACCUCUAGUGCUUAGUAUACUCUAAUGACAGUGACAAAGACUGGGUAAAGUGGCUGAGGGCUUCCCAAUCACCCCAUUAAUAGUUUUUAAAUUGUUAGGGAAGCUGCUGCAAUCUAUUCACACAAUGUAAGUAAUAUUUGCAUUUUGUUUGCAGCAGGAAAGAAGAUCCCAUUUGGUUUUUAAAGAUGAAAAUGAAUAUAAAUGAUGAUAUUUAUUUGAACUUAAUUAGGAUUUUAAUUUUGUACAGUACUUGUGUCUGUAUUGUAUCUUACAUGAUAAAUGCAAAUACAGUAUUUCUAAAUAACACUGGUAAGACACAGGCAGACUGUCCUAUGUAGAUGGCACGUCAUUAAAGUAACUAAUUAUUGUAGCAGUCAGUCAGCACUAACAAGCCACAUCUCCGGAUGUAAACCAAGCGUGUACACUAUAGUUUUCCCCAACAUAAAACUGGUGCACAUGCAGAGCUGGAUGUACUGUAAUCUUCAGAUGUCUGAGACUCAGCAUACUGCACCAUCUUUCUUUAACCAGGUACAUGUAAUGUCUGCGUUUUUUCCUAAAAAGUCUGCAGCGCUAUGACAGGCCCUAAGCAAGGAACUAAGGGGCAGAUGUAUUAAGCCUGGAGAUGGCAUAAGGAAGUGAUAAACCAUUGA